AUGUCUCGUCCGGUGUAUCAACGGGCGUCUUCUACAAAUCUAAGGCCGGGCACAGCACCGAGAUCAUUGGAAGGAAAAUUAGCAAUUGUCACAGGAGGGUCUCGAGGAAUUGGCGCUGCCAUUGCCCGUAAUCUUGCCUCGAAAGGCGCUUCUCUAGUCCUAGGCUAUACUUCCGAUUCCUCGAGCGAGCCCAGUGCCCAACUUGCUUCUUCAUUGGAGAGCUCCCAUGGCAUCAACGCCAUUGCGGUCCAGGCGGACAUAGGUAACCCACAAGGUCCAGCCCACCUAGUCACGACGGCCAAAAAUCACUUCGCCCACCCAAGAUCUGGCAAAUUCCAAAUAGACAUCAUUAUUAACAACGCCGGCGUCUCAAAGAACAUGCCCUUAGAAGAGAUCACCUCCGAAACCUUCACCCAACAGUACACCGUCAAUGUCCUCGGCCCUAUCCUUCUGCUUCAAGCCGCACUCCCUUUUCUGCCCAAAGAUCGCUCCGGCCGGAUCGUGAACCUUUCGUCAGUAUCGUCAAGCCUAGGUUUUCACGGGCAGACGGUGUAUGGUGGCACUAAAGCAGCAUUGGAAGCCAUGACUCGAACGUGGAGCAGAGAGCUGGCAGAGCGAGCAACAGUCAAUGCCGUAAACCCUGGGCCUGUGGCCACAGAUAUGUACGAAUUGACGGGUCCGGAGUUCCAACAGCAGAUGAAGCCAUUCAUGCAAAAUGCUCCGUUGCAGAGAGUAAGGGAAGGAGUAGAUGACGAGAGGUUUGUCAAAGAUGCCGAGUUGGCAGGCGGAAGGCCUGCAUAUGAUCACGAGAUUGCCGGUGUGGUGGGUAUGCUCUGCUCAGAGGACAGUGGCUGGUGCACAGGGUCCGUGGUUUCUGCCAACGGUGGAUUCAAAUUCAGCUAUUAG